ACCGAGGGAGGUAAAGAUAGAUAGUUACUAAUUUGCUAAGUUGUCAAAUACUAAUGUCAUCAUCCUAUGCGUCUUAUCUCCUAACAAUGAAUUUCUUUAUAAAGAACCAACCCUAAAUCCAACCAAAUAAAAUAUUGGUGUAACCAAUGGAAUAAUUAAAUAUGGCCAAUUUCCCUUAGGAAGUUCCAACUUCACUGAAGAACUCUUAUAUAUGUUUAUCUUUGCAACAACCAAUUGCAGACUUUCAGGGUUUCCUCACUCAACAACCAACUGCCAAUGGUGUUCAACUUGAAGUCUCAAAAUUCCUUCCACCUGCAAUUUUCUUUUCCUACAACCUGAAAAUAGAAGUGGUUAGAGUCACUCCUUGACUUGACACACACAGAUAUAUAUAUAAGAGAAGCAGCAGCAGAAAGGGUCAUCCUGAAAACCAUGAAGAGGAAAAGAGAAAUGGAGAAAGCCUCAGAGCUGAAAUCUGCAGUUGAGGAGCUUUCAUUAAUGGCCAUCAUAAUCAAACCUGAUCACCAUCACCACCAUGACCCUAAUCAUGAUAAUGAUGGUGAUGAUGGCCAUAACUGCAGUGAUGGCCAUCCUGCAGCUACAAUACCCACAAGGCCUUUUCUCCAUGUCUGCAGCUUGGUCGUCCAGAUUCUUGAUAAGAUUGGCCCAACAAUGGCUGUCCUUAGACAAGACAUUAUUCAUAAUAUACAGAGACUGGAGGCCCAAUUUGAUGUUGAUCCUUCACUCUACUCAAACUUGGUUGAGAUCUUGAAGAAAGAAUCAAAGGAAGGCAGUUCCAGAAAGAGAGACAGUUGUAGCAAAGCCCUUCUCUGGCUUACAAGAUCUUUGGAUUUCAUGUGCAGUUUGUUGCAAAAGCUGGCUAAGGAUCUUAACCAGGACAUGGAGCAAGCUGUGGAAGAGUGUUACAACACCAGUUUGAAACUGUGGCACGGAUGGAUUUCGUCAGCUGCAUUCAAAGUGGCUCUCAAACUUGUGCCGGACAACACAACCUUCGUCGGCCUUCUGAAGCCGAAAGAUGAAGCAAAUGAUGAAAUCUUGAAAGAGGAUAUGCAGGCCUUGAUCUCAUUGCUUGUACCUAUUCUACAAGACAUCCAUGCUACUCUGUCUUUCAAUGCAUACCCAAGGGGCGAUUUUGUUGAUCUAGAAUCAGCCGCAGUGAAAAGGCCCCGCAAGUCCAAGAGUUCUUCCUCUCUUCUCCCUUUCAGGAUGUUCAAAUCUUUAGGAAAUCGCCUCCAGUACUAUUACAAACUGCAUCCCUUGCGGGUGCUCUUCAUUUCCUUGUCGUUUGGGGUGUCAGUUCUCGUCAUUUUGUCCGUUUACGAGAGCCACUUCAGAUCAAUGAGUUAUUAUCAGAGUUUGGAUUUGGAACCAAAUGAUUAUCCAUAUGCCGAUCUGAAGAAUCUUGUAAUGGUUGCGGGGCAUUCUAUUUAUACUAGUAGUAGUUGUGGUGGUGCUGAUAAGGAAGAUUCUUGGUUUCUGGAGCCUUACCAGAAGCAUCCAGGUCAAGCUGCUACCUUCCUGGCUCACAUACAAGUAGGGGUUGAGAAUGUGGCGAAGGAUAAAAACGCUUUGCUUUUGUUCAGUGGUGGUGAAACGAGGAAAAAUGCCGGGCCAAGGAGUGAAGCACAGAGUUACUGGGCUGUUGCUGAAUCGAAAGGGUGGUUUGGUAAUGAAGCCAGUGUGAAAUGGAGGACACUGACUGAAGAACAUGCAAGAGACAGCUUUGAAAACCUUCUCUUCAGUGUAUGCCGGUUCAGAGAGCUUACUGGAACUUAUCCUCAAAAUAUAACGGUAGUAAGUUAUGAUUUCAAGGAGGAGAGAUUUGCUCAACUGCAUCGUUCAGCAAUUCGGUUCCCAGAGUCAAAUUUCUUCUACUCUGGCACCCCAGCCUCGCCAGCAGCCAAAGAAGCAGCUGCAAAAGGCGAGGCAUUAGUAAGGUCACAGUUUCUAGAAGAUCCAUAUGGAUGCCGAGGUUCACUGUGGCGUAAGAAGCUCGGUCGUGAUCCCUUCCAUCGGUCUAUCCCAUACCCGAAUGGCUGCCCAGAAAUCGAUGGCUUAUUCAAAUACUGUGGACAAACUCUCUAUCCAGGUUCUCUUCCAUGGGAUUAACCUGGAAAAAUGUGGUCUUUAAUUAUUCAUAUAGAGGGUAAAGCUAAAGCUUUUAAAACGGCACAUGAUCUCAGUAGAUAAUAUACACUUAGCUUGUUCUCUGCUGCCCCCAUCCUUCAUAGUGUUGAUAAUAUAUCGUCAUCUCACAACAUAUUCUAUACAGAGAAAAAUAAGUCCAAAUUCGUUCUCUGCCUUUCUUGUAGCAAUUAUGAACUAUGAUCAGGAUUCUUGUAGUGACAAUUACCUUUAUGUUACUGUAUUUGGCUGAAGUACUGCAAAUUUAACAGAUAGC